AUGUCGAUCCCUCACCAGUUCGAGACUGACACUGUCUCUGCUUCAUCUGAUCCAACACCCCGGCCCCUCGAUACGACAACCUCCCCAUCACCGUCCCCGUCACCGUCCCCGUCACCGUCCCCCCAGCCUCAGCACCUCCCACACCGUCUGUCGCACCACCAGCCCUCGGCCUCCAUCUCUUCGGACGAACUGUACGACACGGCCAGCGUCGCAGGAGCACACCCACCUGCCACAGCAUCACCGACGAAUAGCAGCCUCCCUCGCACAUCCUCGUCCGCCUCGCGCACCAACAUCAUCAAGAGGAAGCCGUUGUCGUCGACAGCCCAAGCCUUCGCCAUUCGCUUUUCCCAGGGCUCUACCGCGUCGAGUGUGCCCUCGCCGCUCGACCUCCCCAAGCCAGACCACCGCUUCGCCAGGUCUGGCUCGGUAGACAGCCCAACCCUCUACGAGUAUCCCACGUCGGCUCGUGGGGAUAAUUUACCAGCCUCUACGGCCGUGAAACACGACCUACCGUCUGCCAAUUCGCAGAGCACUCCAAUCACAGAAAACCACAAAAUCGACCCAGGGUUCCAGACAGAUCAGUCUGACGACGUCCUCUCCGGCUACGACGACUUGCUGUCCGACCUGGCACCCGACGUUGGUUCCGCCGCGACACCCAAGGCUACUGCUUUCGAGCAACGCGACAGUGAUCACGACGACGACGAGUCUACGUACUCUGACCCCAUCGACCGCUACCAGUCCCCGCCUCCCAUGUUUGCGGCCAGACCAACGCCACCACACCUCCACAUACAGACGGACGACUCCUCCGUCACUCAGGACGCCUUACCAAGACACGACGAGUCGCCCUCGUCGGCGCAGCUCAACAAGCCGCUGCCCAAAUCACCGACCGGAGGCGCCCCCUCGCCCUUUGCGGCCUUCUUCGGCUGGGGCAACCCAUCGCCUUCCGCGACGGAAUUCUCUUCCAUACCGUCCCCGCAGACCCCGGCCAGGAGGGGGACGGCCCAUGACGUGCCGCAGACGCAGCUGAUCCGCUCGCUAUCCGACUCCAAGGCGUAUGACGGCGCGGGCAAUGCCCUCGGCUACUGCGAGUCCUUCCUCUCGACCCCGCCCCCAUCGAGCUACGCCACACCCGCCCUCGUAGAAGAGAUGGAGGAAGAACUCAAGGCCAUCAGCUCCGAGCUGGCCGGCUCGAUCCGCCGCGAGAUGGAUCUGGAAGACCUCGUGGACCGGCUCCAGGAGCAAGUCAACAACCCCCAGCCCCCGAGCAAGAGGACGAGCGACUACUUUUCAGACUCGGGCUACGGCUCAGUCAAGGCUAGUGAGACGGAGCAGAGCCGCGACGAGGUGGAGAAAGUGCAGAGGAGGUCAGAGCAGGAGAAGGCGUCGAUCCGGCUGGAGCUGACAAGCAAGCUGCAAGAGGAGCGGUCGAAGCGACGAGAGCUCGACCAACAAAUCAAGGACCUCGCCGAACGGGCGUCCCACAUUGACCUGGCGCAGAUCAACAGCGUCGACGCGAACGAGAGGGUGCGCGACCUGGAGAACACGUGCGAAGACCUCCGGCGGCGGCUGUCGGAGGAGCGGUCGUCCAAGGGCAACUUUGAGGACCUGCUCAAGGCGCUCAAGACGGAGCUGCAGGACGCCUGCAACGAGCGGGACAACCUACGGGACGAGGUGGUGCCCCAGCUCCGGUCCCGGGUGGAGGGUCUCGAGACGGAGGCGGCCGAGUACGCCAACCUGACGUACGAGUCGACCAAGAUGCAGCAGGAGCUGCAGACGCUCAAGGAGGAGAACACGACGCUCCGGCGGGGCUCGGUCGUGGCCGAGGCGCCGUCGCGAGCGUCGCGGGCGUCGCGCGUCAUGUCAGGCAGCCUGAGCCGGUCCAACUCGGUCGCGGCGACGAUGCGGAGCCAGAGGACGCCCAUGGGCCUGUCGAGAUCGAACAGCGUCAAGACGGGGCCGGUCGAGUCGCGCGAGGCGCUAGCCGAACGGCUCAAGGACGUCGAGGCCCAGCGUGACGCGCUCCACGGGGCGCUCAAGAACCUGCUGGAGCGACAGGAGUUCCAGAACCGCGAGUACCAGAAGCGCAUCCACCUCCUUGAGACGGAGCGUGAGCGUCUGGUCACCGGGCCGACCAAGCGUGGCGGGUUUGAGCGGGAGAUUAUGACCCUACGCACCGAGAUCAACGUCCUCCGACGUCGUGCCGAGGAAGCGCUGGAGCAAAAGUGGCAGGUGGAGAAGGGCCUGGGCGGCCUCAAGAUGGAUCUCGACAGGGCCGAGGGCGAGAUUGCCUCGCUGCGGGCGCUGCUCGAGGAGAAGGACAUUCUCAUCCCCGAGACCUUUGCCCGCGCCAGCAGCUCCAGCAACGGCUCAUCGUCAGGGGCCCCUGUCACGUCCGAGUCCCUCAGCAUCGCCUACCAGCAGCUGCAGGCGGCCUACAAGGAAUCGCUGGAGCGUAUCAAGGAGCUGGAGGUCGGCGUGGCGUCGGACGAGCAGACCCUGCUGGCCAUGCAGCGUCUUGAGCAAGCCGUCUCGGUGGCCGUCACGGAGCGCGACGAGGUACGGAACGAGCUGGACGCGCUCCGGCGCCAGUACGACCAAGCCUCCACCGGCGAGGCUCGGAGCGUCGAGGCGGAGCGGGAUAUGGCGAGCGACCUGGUCGAGUCGGCGCAGCAGGUGGAGCAGCUCGCCUGCCAGGUGCACCAGCAACUGGCGGCCAACGCGAACCUGCGGAUGCGUCUGUCGGAAGCGGUGACGCGGGGCGACACGGACCGCAAGGCCAACAACGACCACAUCACCAGCCUGAUGGAGCGUCUCCGCGGCCUCGAGGACCAGCUCGUGGCGGCGCAGAGCGCGUCGGAGGACAGCGUGAACCGUCAUGAGGAGGAGAUUGCCAAGCUGCGGGAUGCGCACAACGGCCAUCUGCGGCGCAUGGACGGGAGCCCUGCGAUGGGGGGACUGCGGUCGCCGGCGCUACGAACGUCCCGCAAGGGCUCGCUGCUGCCGACAACCGCGAGCGCCUCGUCCCCGUUCCCGGCAUCGCCUCGGCUGGCGGCGGUCUCGUUUGAGGACGAGGCGGAGAUGAAUACGCUCCGUGCCAAGGUGCUGGAGCUGGAGAAAGCGCUGUCGGACACGGAGCAGGAGAUGCAGGAGGUGGUGACGCGGAUGAGCACGGCGCAGGUGGAGGUGCUGAACCUGCAGGAGGAGCGGGACGCGGCGGUGCGCGAGACGAGGCGGCUGCAGAGGGUGCUCGAGGAGGAGCAGAUGAGGGCGUUUGAGGACCGGUUCAAGACGCUGCAGGGGAGUGUGGCCUCGUAA